AUGGCCCGUGGAAAAGGAUCUUCCGGCCCCGGAGGCCCUUCCAAACGUCGUGGUGCAUCUGCUCAUGGGAGUACGCCAAUGCGGGGUCGCUCUGCCGGCCAGAGCGACGCCCCACCCGAUGCUGGUGGUUCGGCCCGCAGUGCCUCUGCUCCCAGGCGUUCGACACGGCUUGCAAAUCCUCCUGCGGGAGGUGCACCUGCCAGUGCCAAUACUACUGACCGGGAAGAACCCCGUCGCAGAACGCGCUCCUUGACCGCGCGCAAGAUGUCGACCACUAGUGGACCAUCUUCCUCCGCCAUCCCCUCCGUUGCAGGACCUUCUCCUCCCGCUCGCGUUGAAGAACCACACUCCUCCCUGUCUGCCGCAGACUCGUCGUCUACUGCCACGGGUACGACGCUACCUCGUACGCCAAGGAAGCCGGAUGCAGUGUCUGGUGGCCCGAUAGAGUUCGACUCCACUCCGGUCUCCUUAAAGUCCGAUCCAAAGCUUGCUCUUAACGCCGAAGGAGAACGCGGGAGGAACGAAAUCUAUCUUGAGCAUUGCCAGAUGGCUGAGGGGAUGUGGGUUGGACCAGUACCAGAUGUUGGAUUUCUGGACAAAUGCGUCCCAGACGAUAAUCCUAGUCGUAGUCCACGCGCUCUGCAGGCUCUCGCGCGCAAGGUGUUUGCAAACGUACCCGAGAAGAACGGGGAGGCAGCAUUCUUCGACGCCAUCGUAAAGAGCGGUGUAUGCAAGAACCUGCAACCUUUGGACACGCACUCUUUCAGGGUUCCGGAUGGGAAUUCAAAGCUGAAAUACGGUCCCGAUUUCUUUCUCGUCCUGGCGCUGUUGGCAUCGGGCCUCUUGAAAAAGGGAGUCCUGCGCCAAAGAACAGGGAUCUCGGCAGGCAUAGUGUUCGGUGACCAGAAGCAAACGCACGAGGAUCCAGCCCGCGGCCUUGACGGCACAGUUCCAUUAGCACAUGGUGCCAUUCAAGGGGAUACCGUGCAAACGCACGAUGCCCAGUCUAUGCGAUUGUCUCGCGGCCAACUUCUUGUGUACCCCGUCGUCAUGAUGUCCAACUCCCAUCGUACCAAGGUCCUCGCUUUCGUACUCGUCGGGGACGACGCGCGCCUCUUCAUCUUCGAUCACAGCGGCAUAAUAUACUCUUCUCUCUUCAACUGGCGCAAGACUGGUAUCCUUCUGGCCUUCCUAGCGCGCAUCGAUGCCAUGACGGAGGCUCAGUAUGGUUGGGAUACCUCUGUCGAGCUGAUACGGACGGUUCAAUGGGCACGUCCUGACGUCGGAGAGAAGAGAGAUUGGCUGUCAUCUUGUGUGGUGGACGCGAAGAAGUUACUCAAGGCCACCGAUGCGCUUCCUGCAGGGAUGACCGCCGAGAGCUUGUUCCCGAGUCGUGGAAAGCAUGGCCCUUACGCUCUCUUUCACCAAUACAACCCUGAUGCGCGGACCAUUCAUCGUAUCAUAGCUUUCCAACCGAUUGAUUACGAGGACACGGGCUUAAUCGGGUCGAACGGCCGUUGGUGGAUUGGCGUAGAUCUUACCGCGAAGACUGUCGUCUACUUCAAAGACUAUUGGCGCGUCGACCUUCCGGACAUUCCCGCUGAGACCGACACGUACAAGACGCUGCAAGCAGCUGGUGUUCCGCACGUCUUGAAGUUGCACUUCGGAUCUGACGUCCCGAACGAUACUCCUGGACUCGUAAAGAAGUGCAACAUGAGCGAGGAGAAGCACGAGGGGGAUAGACUCUCUGAAGAUGAUCAUGACGCCAUCGAGUACCAGACGACGUUCACAUACAAGUUUGCUCAAGCAAAUGACGAGUUUCGUCGGCGUUCGUCGGACGUUGGCGGGGUAGACGAUGACCUCCUCGAGAUGCUCCCUCGCACUCACCAUCGCAUAUUCUUCACGACCAUCCCCGCAAAAAUAACGGACUUCACCAGCACUCGACAGCUUGUAGAGUGCGUAUCCCAUGCAUUGCUCGCGCACCAGCAGGCGUAUGAGUCUGCGGGGAUCCUUCAUCGCGGAAUUGACGCCUUCAGCAUUAUGUUUGAUAAGGCGGGUUGUGGCUAUUUGUGCAACUGGGAGCGAUCCAAGUCGCUACAGGAGCUUUUUCGCAGGAUGAAGAGUCGUAAGGGAAACCUUCAAUUCCUUGCCGUCGACAUCCUUCAGAACCCUCGCAACCCUCACUCGCUGCGCCAUGAUGUGGAGUCCUUCGUUCAUCUCCUCCACUAUGUCGUGCUCCGUUACCGACCCAUCGCGAUCACGGACGACGCUCCCACCCACUUGGACCCUCGGACGGAACUUUUGGAGGACAUGAGGGCCGUCUUUGACUCAUGCACGGUCAACUCUCUCAAUACGCUCGUUACGGCCGCCAAGGGGAAGACGACGUUCUUGAACGAUCUGAACGGGCAGUUUCUGUCUGCGUCGAACGUGGCCAAAUGGAUCGCCCACCCACCACUGGCGCGGUUGUUGUUCGAUAUGCGUCGCCUCUUCGCUGGUGUUUAUACAUCUCCACCCGCCCCUUUCCCCGAUCCAAAGCCUAGGGACAUAGCCAAAUACAACCAACAACACGCCUCGUGGGCGGCCGCUGUCUCAAAGGCCGCGAAGAAGUUGACGACCCGCGCUCUUCUGAAGCUCUUCACUGAUGCGCUUGCUUCCGAUGACUGGCCUCAACACGACGGUGCGACGGAUCAGUACCCGCCACCAGCAAGGCCUCCGUCAGGAGCCUCAAAGGCCUCUGGUGGUAACCCUGCUAGGACUUUCUUGGAUAGUCUGACCGGCACCAAGCGACCCCGGACGUAUUCGACUGGCACCGGGAGCCUCCCCGCCCGCGAAGCACCCAGCAAGCGCCAGAGGCUGAACGACGGGUCCUCUCGUCUAGAAGAUGAUGAAGAACCCCAAGCGGAGGCAUUAUGCGGCUUCGAAGCCGACAAGGCUCUUUGGACCCUUGAGGCGCACUGUCACUAG